AGUUUUGAAGAGUAAAGUGAGCUGAGAGAGAAGGGGGAAAGCCAAAGCCAUGCCUGGCUCUAGGCAAAGGUGAAAGAUGCCACCAUCCCCGAUAAUGACCUAAGCCCUGGGAGGAGAGAAAGGAAGAACAGGAAGGAAACCGCAAAGAGGUCUUAUGGGAACGUCUACCUCCUUCCUUCCGGCCCUCCGAGUCUGACAUCUUCUACUCAAAAAAGCCACGUUGCCAUGCCUAAGCAAAAUGCCCUGGCUGUCGGGAUUGACCUCGGCACCACGUUCUCUUGCGUAGCUGUCUGCCACCAGGACAAGGUCGAGAUCAUCGCCAACGACCAAGGCCACCGGACCACCCCCAGCUACGUGGCCUUCACCAACAGUGAGCACUUGGUGGGUGAUCCUGCCAAAAACCAGGCCUCCCUCAACCCCCAGAACACCGUCUUCGAUGCCAAGCGGAUGAUCGGCAGGAACUACCAUGAUGCCACCGUCCAGGAAGACAUAAAACACUGGCCUUUCACCGUAGCUAACCAUGAGGGCAAGCUGAAGAUCCAGGUGGUCCACAAGGGCAAGCAGAGGACCUUUUACCCCGAGGAGAUCUCAGCCAUGAUCUUGACCAAGAUGAAGCACACAGCCGAAGCCUACCUGGGAUGCCCCAUCACUCAAGCUAUUGUCACUGUCCCGGCCUACUUCAACGAUGCCCAGCGCCAAGCCACCAUUGACGCUGGGGCCAUCGCCGGACUCAAAGUCCUGAAGAUCCUCAACGAACCCACAGCCGCUGCGAUUGCCUAUGGAUUGGACCUCAGGAACCAAGAAGCAGGGAGUAGGAAUAUCCUCAUUUUCGACCUGGGUGGGGGCACCUUCGAUGUGUCCAUUCUCUCUGCCGAAGAUGGCAUCUUUGAAGUGAAGGCCACGGCUGGAGACACUCACCUUGGCGGACAGGAUUUCGACAAAAGGCUGGUGGCUUACCUGGCUGAUGAGUUCAAAAAGAAGCACAAGAAGGACCUCCGCCAGGACAAAAAGGCCAUGCAGCGGCUCAAGACGGCGGCGGAGCGGGCCAAGUGCAUCCUGAGCUCUUGCUCCAGUGCCAGCAUCUCCGUUGACUCUCUGUAUCAUGGGAUAGACUUCUAUAUGACCAUCACCAGGGCUCGGUUUGAAGAUCUCUGCUCAGACCUCUUCCGAGCUACUCUGAAACCCUUGGAGCGGGCCUUGAAGGACGCUCAGGUGAGUAGGAGUGAGAUCAUGGAUGUUGUGUUGGUUGGAGGUUCCACUCGUAUCCCCAAGAUCCAAAAACUCCUGAAGGAUUUCUUCAACGGGAAAGAGCUGUGUAAAGGCAUCAACCCUGAUGAAGCAGUGGCCUACGGGGCAGCCAUCCACGCUGCCGUGUUGACUGGCAACCGGAUGCCCAGAAUGCAGAACAUGUUCCUUUUGGACGUCACCCCUCUGUCAUUAGGGAUCAAGACUCAAGGCGGGGUGAUGGCCACCGUCAUCAAACGCAACUCUCCCGUCCCGACCAAGGAGACCAUGGAGUUCACCACCACGGAAGACGGCCAAGACACCAUCUUGUUCAUGGUCUACGAAGGGGAACGGGCGCUGACCAAACACAACCACCUCUUGGGCACCUUCACUUUAACCGGGAUCCCGCCGGCUCCCUGUGGGACUCCUGUUAUCACCGUUACGUUCUCCAUCGACGAGAACAACAUCCUGACGGUCUUUGCUAAGGACGUGGAGACAGGGAACACCAACCAACUCACCAUUUCCGACACCCGAGGCCGCCUGGGACAAGAGGAAAUUGAAAGGAUCAUCCAAACGGCUGAAGAGUUCAGGGUGAAUGACCGAUCCCAGCAGGACAGGAUUGAAGCCAUGAACUCCUUGGAGUCCUGCACGCUGGAGCUGAAGAGGGUGGCGGAAGAGCAGGUCCUGGAUGUCCAAGCCAAGAGGAGGAUGUUGGAGAUGUGUGACAGCACCACGUCCUGGCUGGAGGGGAACACGUCGGUGGAGAAGGAAGAGUGCGAGCAGCGGCAGAAGGAUCUGGAGGAAGCCUGGGGCUCCAUGUGCAGCUCCCUCGCUGAAAGCGAAAGCGCGGAAGAAGGGAGACCAGGAGACACUCAAGAAGAGGUGGUGGAGGGAGACCAAGACAAGGCUCAACCUGAAGAGGAGAUGGAAUAAAAUCACCGCCAGUGCAUUGUACCACCUAUGGGGCUUAUUAAAAGUAUGAGUUUCAAACAAAA